AAACAUCCAAGAAACGUCCAUGUGGUGCAACAAAUGUUCACUUGGAAUUGAAGACCCGGAAACCUUAUCAAAUGGACGAGGAUUUGAUUUCCACGAUUCACUGGGAGCUUAACACUACACUCUGUCAAUGUAUGUAACUUAGAUUGAUUUAGCUACUACAUAGGAAGUUUUUCGCACAACGGACUGUAUAGGAUCAACUGAGAUAUAAGGAUCAAGGAUAAUUCAUAGCGCCAUAUUGUUUAUUGUUAGUAUUACAGUAAUAGAAAUACAUGCAUGCACCACUAACACCCCUAGCCUAUAUUUUUCAAACGUUGAUUUAACAUGCAUGAAGUAUCAGUAAUUAGCCAACUCUGAACGGCAGGCUCAUGUUGUGUGUUGCCAUAUGUAGCAAAACAGUUAUUUUCAAAUUCUUAAAAUAUUUUUUCAACAAAAUGGCAACAACAGUUAAGAGAUUAUAGUACUUUUAACUAUACAACGACCAAUUUACAAUAUAUAUACUGUUGGUAUGUUAUUUUGCAUUUUGUGAGCUUUGAUCUUAUGUGAAAUUUCACCAGAAACAUAAUUUAGUAAAUUAUUUAACUUUUUUCCUUAAUUAACUUAACAAAGUAAUUUCGCAGCUACACUGAAAAGGAAAACAGUGCAUUUUGUACGCAAAAAAAUAAAGCAUCAAAAUUCAGAAGUAUUUAUUUUCAAGGCACACUUGCCCUGUCUCUCACGAUUUUCUAUGGUAGCUAAUAUCGAUUCUUCCUAUUUCUUCAACGAAAAAUUGCUUCAAAGAUCAUUGUAUGAAACGAUUUUCUGAAUAAGUAGUGAGAUGUUGCUUAUCCCACUCCUGUGAAGCAUCCAUAAUUUUGAGAACAUGCAGUGAGGUUGUCCAACCACACACCCAUGACAUUUAUACUCGUUCCACUAUCGUAUGUUUCAAAUAAUAUCGUUUCAAAUUUCAAAACUAACAUGCACUUAAAGUUUCUUGCAAAGAUCUUCAGUUUAAUACAACGCUCAAAAUAACGUUCUUACUACCCGGUGUCCAAUAAUUUAGUCGUGGUGGUCAAUUUCUGUGUCUGCUUGGUCUGAUAGUUUCCAUAAGUGGUGGUACAGUAAAAUAGUUGAAUUUUCUAUUGCUAGCGGUGGUUGGUUGUUCUUCAUCAAAGGCUAUUAUAUUUGGGUUCCCAACCGCUGGUAAUCCUGUGUUUUCUAUCUGCAUGAUCAUGUCCCUGCUCGCCGUCUUGAGCUGGUGUCACCGCAUCGGUUACGUCCACCCCACUAUUCUGGUCACACGCCAAUGGUACGAAUGUUAACCCAUCUAAUUCGUCUUCAUCUGAUUCCAGCUCACUAGUCGAUCUUGUGCUGGGAAGAACUGUAUUCUCCCUUUGAUGCCGGACGAGGUGUUUUUUUGUUCAACAGCGGUUCUACGGGAAGUGAACUACACGGUAAUAGCAUAUUACGAUGAGGAGCUCUACUCACCAUCAGAACAUCCGGGUUUAACUGUACAAACUGGGUUAUCCUACCCUCUUCUUGUGACCACGAUAUGUGUAAGGUUUAUUUCAUUUACUCAGAUUUCGUACAAGAACUCUAUCCCCCGGUCGUAAAUCAGAACUAACAGAUGCGGUGGUCGUAUUAGCUUUUUCCUCUGUGAACUCUUUUCAAUUGCAAUCUUGUAGACUUCAGACAUCGCUUCGCUCCAGUUCUUCUCCAAGUUUAGGAUCAUAUCAAUAGGUAGAUACGGUGGCCCAAAAGGGCCAUCGCUUAAAAGAAACUAACGUUGUAAUCGUCCUAACACUGCUCGUCGCUUAAUAACAAUAUAUGAUUUGUUGGGUUAUUCGCCUGCACUUCCAUAAAAUUAGUCUUCGCUUUCUUUUACUGUUAGCAAUAUCUCAUUAUACAGAAGGGCCAAGGCAUUGUUUCAUCUGGUUCUGUAUUAACUCGACACUGAAUGUUUGCCUUGCAACAACCUCGACACUGAAUGUUUACCUGUUUACCACUAGGUAUAACAACGUCCUUUUUGUUUGUUUUUACAUUGCAAAAAUAAUCACUGACAGCACAUUGAACGAAGUUAAUUAAUGUUUGCGCCGCACUAUUGUCAAGUCCAACAAAUAAAAAUUGACUGAUUUCUGACAAUGAAUCAUGUUCAUUUGUCACAUUAUCUUGAAUCACAUUGUUGCCCAUUAUUGGGUACUGAAUUGUUUCAGUUGUGACAACAAAUGGCAAGCGUACAUGAGUGUUCUUUGAAGACAAGUAGUCUUAAAGAUUUUAGGGUUAGUAUAUGAUCGGCUGUUCUAUGAUUAGGUAAGAACCCAAUUUGUGAAGGAUGAAGAGUGUCAUUUUCUUAGGUAAAAGUAUGAGUCUUUCGUUGAGUAUUAAACAGAAAAAUUUACCAGGACAACUUGUAAUACAUAUUCAUCGAUAAUUAUUGCAGUUAAGACGCUCGUCUGAUUUGAAAAUUGGGGUUAUUAAACCUUCACACCACUGACUAGGAAAGUUUCCCGCUUCAAGUAUAAGAUUACACCUGUUUUCAAAAUUACGCGACCAAGGACGAAAAUGCUAGAGUUGACAUGUCAGUUUUAUGUCAUCGGGUCACGAAGUUUAAACUUUGAGUUUUGCGGUUCCUUGUCGAUGUAUACAGGGUGUAUCAAAAAAAGCGCAAUCCUCGACUGAAAUGUAAAUUGCUAAACAAAUAAUAGACGAAAACGUUAAAGUUUACAUUCAUUUUAAAGCGUAGCCAUUCAGCUUUCUAACAGUGGGUUGUUUCUUAAAUUUGACUCAUUGGUUCGCGGCUAAUAAUACUUUACGUUAUUGCUAUUGGAGAUUAAAAAAAUUGAGAUGGAAUAACAAAUCGUUCUCAUGAAAAUAACUGAUUUUUUCAUUAAAACAAAAAAAUGCUGCAUUUUAUUAAAUGGAUUGUAACAAUAAGUAUAAUUACGGCUUUUCUUCCACUAUUUUUAACUCAGUUUGAAACUUCAAAUGCGAUAUAAUUUUGGCUUGGACCAUCUAAGCUGACUGACAUCAACUUGCUAUAAUUUCUGUUUACGUUACAUCGCAAUUCGAUGACACUCUGGCUCAGACACCAGAAUGUUUUGACGAUUUUUAGCAUUCGUUUAGGAUUUUCAAACAACCUGGUCUCUUUUAAAAUACUUUGAAUUUGUUCUUACGUGGUUUUCCAGAUGUAGUGACGACAACAUUAAAGUUUAAAGAAGAAAAUUCUAACAUUUAAACCGACUAAACAAUAACAUAGUAAACAUGCAUAAUUAAACAGCAACUAAAAAUGAUAGGUUUUACUAAAUCUUUUCCUGUGCAAUUAUUACUAGCACUGGAGACAAGGAUAAUAGUUUGUGUGAAAGAGAAAAGAACAGGCUAACUUUGAAGUAAGCCUAAAAGCGUUUAACUAGAAAUAGUAUGUCGAAAGUUACUAAGCACAAAAGAUGAAUUGCGUUUAUUUUGAUACACCCUGUAUAUUGUUUGUAUGCUUUAUAUAAACAGGCUUACAAUGAUUUUCAAGAUAUUUUAGUGAGAAUUAUUGCAAAAUUUAAGCACAAACAAAAUCAUAGCAUCACCGUUGUAGUCUAGCGAGCGUGUUUUAUACUGACAGCUAAAUUCCAGUAUAAAUUGUUAUUUUUCAAACUUUAAAAAUUAUUCACGGCACAUAUUUCUGUUGUGAUGGUUUGUGUUGUACUUUAGUUUGUAUAUCUAAGUUAUCUAACUCAUUUUUGUUCAGUUUUGGUAUCAAAUACGGUUUAAAAUGUCUUUUGACAGUUUGUUUACGUUUGCUAUUUUUAGCAGUUUUUGUGACAUAAAACUGACAUUUGAAGUAAGAGUAUUUAUCAGGGAGGUCGCGUAAUUUUGAAAAUGGGUGUAAUUGAAACAACUACAAUGUGACUGUUAAAUUUUCAAAAUGUACGAACAUUUGCAACGUAUCUGUGUAAAGUCUAGAAAGCACGUUGCGCAUUUCAAAUUCGUGUGAAAAGUAAUUUGACGGCUAUUGGCCCUUUCCUGGGACGAAAUCGUAUCGUUUGCUAUAUUUUUUGUUGUCUUGCACUAUAAAACUGCCAAAACUCAAAACCUUACUGCAAUCUUUAGGGGCGGAUCCAGCGUUUUGAAUGACCGGUUUACUAGGUCCACGCGACUACUGGGUAGUCCGGGGACAUGCUCCCUCUGGAAAUUUUUUAAAAUUUUGGCUUCUGAAACAGCAUUUCCUGCGUUCUGACCACAGGGAGCGCCACUAUGAGUUAUGAUUGAAAUAAUAUUGUAUUUCUUUUUAAAAACCUACUUGAAUCGCUUGAUAAUUGAUUAUUUCUUCUCUCGAAAUUCUGUAAACAUUUUAAACUGCUUGAAUCAUUAUUACUAUCACUCUACGUGAAGUAUAGAUGAUCGCUGACAAGUAAGGUACGCGGGCGCGAAAAGACGAAGGCGGCGAAAGAAGGGAGAAUUAAACAAAAUAAUUGAAAUAAUAUUGUAUUUAUUUUUAAAAACGUACUUGAAUCCCUUGAUCAUCCAUUAUUUCUUCUCUCGAAGUUCUGUAAACCUUUUAAACAGCUCGGACUCAUUAUACUUGACGUCACGAGAACAACCUACUUAUGGAACAUAUUGUGCGAAAAAACCCUUCGAGUGUUUCAUGUAAAAACAUACGAAAAAUCAAUCGUUUAUUUAAUCUACUGCAUCAGUUGUGAAGAUAUAUCCAGAAAGAAAUUGUGAAUUUUAAGGCAUUUAGAAAUGUCAUGUAGUCGAAGUUUCAACCCUUUAGUUUAAUUCUUCCUUCUUUCGCCGCCUUCGUCUUUUCGCGCCCGCGGUCCUUACUUGUCAGCGAUCAUCUAUACUUCAUGAAACGUCAUGUUGAGUGAUAGUAUAAUGACUCCAAGCAGUUUAAAAUGUUUACAGAAUUUCGAGAGAAGAAAUAAUCGAUUAUCAAGGGAUUCAAGUAGGUUUUUAAAAAUAAAUACAAUAUCUAUAUAAACGAUAUUUCCAAAAAUAUUAAAUCCCAAAUCUGUUUGUUUGCUGGUGAUGGAAUCAUUUAUAGAGAAAUUAAUAGCGAUCAAGUUACAAGAGGAUGUAGACAAUCUAAAUAAUUGGGCUAACAGGCGGCAACUAAAUUUCGAUUCCUCAAAAUGCUACCACCUACGAAUUACAAAUAAACGUGUCCCUGAAAUAUAUAGUUAUAUGAUGCAUAAUCAAAUCAUUAGCAGAGUAUCUUCUACCAAUUAAAUACAUGGGCAUUACUAUAAACCACAACUUGAACUGGGACAAACAUUGUGACAUCAUAUGUUGUAAGGCAAAUAGCAUGGCUUACUUAGAAGAAUCCUUGGUGAAUGUAGCGCGGCUGUUAAGUCAAGAGCGUAUACUAGUCUUGUCCGUCCACAACUUGAGUAUGCUUCUACAGUCUGAAACCCUUACACUAAGAUUCUAAGAGAAACAUCAACAAGAUCGAGAUGGUUCAACGCAGAGCUGCUAGAUUUGUCUUCAAUGACUAUUCCAAAGCUAUCCACGUCUCUCCAAUGAUCGACCACCUGGGUUGGGACAAUCUCCAACAAUGCUACAUCAAGCCACUAUGUUCUACAAGAUCCAUCAAGGCCUUGUUGCAAUCAGUCUUCCUGAUGAUGUGUGUCCUUUGACAAGAGCAUCCAGGCUGCCUAAUGUCUGUCCUUACCGCCAAAUUCAGUUAUGUGUCAAUGUAUAUAAGUUUUCAUUUUAUCCAAGAACAAUCGUUACCUGGAAUCACAUCCCAUUUAACAAUCUUUGCCAAUCAACCCCAAGUUUCAAAACACUUGCCAUGCCCUCAAUUAAGUCACUUAAUGUAGCUAUAAUUAGUAUCGUUUUGAAUUGUUUGUAUUGCACUAUAUGUUCGUUUUGUAGUCUCAGUGUUGUUGUUGCCGUUAUUGCUUUGCCGUUGUUUUUGUUAAUAGCAUAUAACAACAUCAUUCUAAUUACCGCCUAAUAUAUGUGUCAUACAGUGAUUAUGAAGUCUUUCUUGUAAACAAAUAUAAAUAUUAUCUAGUUUCCCAGUAUAUAUAACUCCUCCCAGUGUAGUAUAAUACUGUUUUAGGAGUAUUUCAUUAAUUAAAGCGCUACAAUUAAAGCAUAAUUGCGGGUGGUAAUGUGUAAUUCACGCGAUGUUUCAGUCCACGACCCACGACGAUAUAUUGAGUGUUAAUUCUGUUUUUGAAUAGCUGGAGGGCUAGUGUCAUAACUUACUCGGUGAGUACUCGCCCUCCAGUUAUUCAAAAACAGCAUUGGCAACAAGCAGUAUGCAAAUUAAUCCUUGCCCGUCCUUUAAGUAUAGAUUCCACUACGCUUGCCAUUGCCGUAGAAAAUUGCGAACAAAGUUUGACUUAGAAAAUUUCGGCCUGAUCGAAAAGAAUUUUCGUGAUAGACCGACUAAGAAAGGUUCAAAACGCAUAUUGAUGCAGAUAGUUUUGGUUCAGGAGAAUUUUAAAGACUCAAGAGAAGCUCAGAUUGAACCUCUACUCAUUGAGUGUGAGUGAUCUUUUAAAAUACGGCCGUUAGUCUAGUAUUACAGCAUUUCGUAAUUGGAAACCAUGUAAGUGGGUGUAAAUACGCUCGGUAUCAAAAAAUCAAAUUUCAAUUACACAAUUUUAUGAAACAGAAUAUUCUUUAAAUUAGUGAUAUAUGCAUGGAAGGUUAUAGAUUUUCUUUCUUUGGAAAAUUACAGGUGUAUAUAAACCUGUCAAACCUAUCUGAAUCUGCCCAAUAUAUUACCCAAUGAUGAAUUAAAUUCUGUCAGUAAUAAUGUAAUUAUAUCAAUUCUGUUUUGCAGUCUUCGAAAGAAAGAAGCUGGAAUAUAUUACUCAUGAACUUUCUAGUACGAUGAAAGGCUGCAAUCCGGGAGGAAAUACGAUAAAAACCUCCUUUUCGGUAAGUUUGUUCGAACUAACUGAACUAACCUACGACGACGGUGUUAGUACGUUUCGUGGAGUGUUUUUUAGCACACUUAGUUCACUGCAGUGGUCUAAAAAUUAGGAGUAUAUAAAAUACUUUUCCUGAAACUAGAAUGUUUAUAGGGGACCCAUUGCAGUUAACGUAAACUGAACUUCAUAUUUGUAGGAUAUUUAUGGGCAUGAUUAGGAUAGGAAAGUAAAAAACGCGAAUUGCAUGACGGGACAGAACAUGCGUGUGAGAGAAGUAUGCGCGAAUUACUGAGAAACAUAUAUUUUAUAAGUUGAGUUUUAGUUUAUUGAAGUUAUUUAUACAAACUCUUUCCACCCAGUAUGAGUCGAGAAAUAAUUAACUUAAAUGGUCCUUUCAAGCCGGAUUGGAAAGACGAAACUUUAAUAACAUUACGAGAAAGAGUUGAAAUUCGCAGCAAGAAGUCCAGUGAUUGUUCUACCAACCGAAAUUAAGUGUAUGACGAAUUUCAAGCAGAAAACUUGGAGAAAGACAAGAGAUCAAGAACACUCCACAAAACACAUUUACGGCGAAUGAUAAUUACGUGAAACGAAAGAACUAUUGACGACAUUUCACGAACGAAAACGUAAACAUCGGAAAAAAUUUAAGCAUUACAAGUCUACGCUAGAGCGAAAGAGAUACUUGACUAACGACCUUGACAAGUCCAUUUUAAACGGAAUUAAAGACGAGGAAAUCAAAGCCGAAAUCGAAGAGGCGUUGAAGUUUACGGACGCGAUAAAUCUGACUUUAAUAGCUCUCAAGGAAGCUAAAAUAUCAAAGGGGAACGAAGGCAAAAAUGUCGAGAACGCAAGUCAACAUGAAGUUGAAAGUUCAGUCAAUCAAUCAAUCAAUCAAUCAAAACAAUUUGUUUAUCCACUGUAAAAUCUUCAGUUACAAAGUAAUAGAAUACAUACAAUACACGAUACACAUUUAAAAUACGUACAUGAUAAAGAUAUUAACUGAUUUACAAGAUUGCCGUGUGGGAAUCAGAUUACGUUAUCAUAAUAUUUAUUACUUGCCUUCUUAAACUGUGGUAACGGUUGGCAUUUUCUUAUAUCUUGCGGGAAACUAUUAAAAAAUACAGCCACACUAUAACAAAAGAGAUUUCACAAUCUCUAGAAGAGGAAAUCACAACACAUCGAAUAUUUCAAUCGGUAUCAAGGUAAGAGCUAGACUUCCUAAGCUACAAUUAUCUACAUUUGAUGGAAAUUAAACUAGUAGCAACUAAGAACCCUCAGGAGGAACCGGCAUAAAAGAGAGAAUCGUGGAUUUUUUUGGUCCUAAAGAUCCUACAACAACAUCAGCAUUUGUGGUUGGAGGAAAUAGAGAACAUACCUGUAUUUACUGUGCUGAACCACAUUUAUCGAUUAACUGUACAGUAGUCACGAAUGUUACGUAAUUUUUUAAACGUAGUGGGAAUUUUUGUGCUUGUACCAUGAAGAAUCAUAUAAGCAAUACCUCCCGAUCAAGAACACGGUGUGGCGAGUGUCAGGGACGACUUUAUACCAGCAUUUGUUCUCAAGGCAAAGAAACUCGCACACAAGAAAUGAAGAGCGUUGAGUUACAAACUGUAGAGCGCGGGGGAAAUAAUAGAGCAGAGAACAGCUCAAAGCAAGACCCAAGGAACAAAGACAUCGCAGCACCUGAAGAGUCAUUAAAAAUGUGUGUCAACACAAAGAACGCAGUUCUACUCCAGACUGCUAAGGGGAGAAUUUAUCGACCAGAUAUGCCACAUCGUAAACAUAAGGCUAGAAUCUUCCUUGAUGGGCGGAGACAUCGAACCAGAAAGAGUCAUGUCACAGAAAAAGUUAGAAAUGAAAUUAAUUUAGUAAUCUCACAUUCAGAAUCGUUGGCAAUCAAGUCAUUUGGAUCAAGUGGUGGAACUGCUCAGGUAUGUGACAUAGUGGACUUAUGUAUUAGUGUGGACGGAGAUUAUGAUGUGAAAUUAUCAGCUAUCAGUGUACCAUUAAUUAGUGCCCCAGUGCAAGGGCAAUACUUGAAGCAUGCAGUGAAGAGUUACCCAUAUCUGCCAAAUUUGCAGUUGGCUGAUGAUUGCGAAGGACACUCCCCGACUGAUGUCAUAGUGGGAACUGACCAAUAUUGGAACCUAGCUAUAGUGACCGGGGAGUGGCCAGAGGAGAAUCUGGACCAGCUGCUAUACAUACAAAGCUAA